ACAUCCAAUACAAUCCACAUAGAUUUAAAUCCGAACACGGCAUUUUUGUUGAUACCUUUUAUUUUAACAAAAAACAGUUUUUUUCUUUUUCGGUUCUUUUUCUUCUUACAUUCUUCAGAGCUUUUAACACACACGACAUAUAAAAAAUGACUGUGAUAAGAUGUUUUAGUAUUCUUACAGACGCGAUCUCGUAAAGUCGGAAUUGUGUAAUAAAAGUUUUCAAUUUUUUGAUUUUGAAUAUUUUUUUUGGUUUUUAAAAGUUUUUUCAAAAGGAAAUGAAGAGAAGAAAAAUGUUGCCAGAAUAUCAAAAAUUAAAAGACGAGAAUGGACUUAUAGACAAGGGUCCAGUAUUCACAAUUUCCUUCAGUAGAUUCUCUUUGAUCACCGUGUCACUUCCCUUAUUUAGUUUUAUAUUUUGUGUUUCGUAUUCGCUGCUAUUCUUCUUCGAACAAUCGACAUCUACCCAUUGCCAUGUGUGGAAUUAUCUUCCAUCCAUCUCUGCUGCAAUUGGUUCGUUUCAACCACAAGCAUUUGUGUGGCAAAUUUCUAUAAUAGUACAUUUUAUUCCACGAUUAAUCAUAACGUGGAUGUACAAAAGUUAUUACGAUCGAGUGAUUCGGCGAAAUCGUCAAAACGUAGCAAAAUUUGCGCUUCUGCUGAACGUAGUUGAGAACUUUUCACUUUUGGGAUUGUCAAUUUAUACUUCGAACGAUAACUAUGAAAUUCAUAAAAAUUGCUUUUGUACAUUUAUCGUGGUGUCAGAGACAUACAUGAUGCUCUCCUAUUACUUAAAUAAGAACGCAAAACGUGAUCCAAAAUCUUCUCAUUCAGAAAACAAGUCGAUUAAUCUCAAACGAAACUUGUUUAUCAUCAACAUUACAUCGAUUGUUUUAGCUGCCUACUUCUUUGUACGACAUAAUGACAGGUGUGAAGGUGGAAUUUACACAUUUUUUGCACUUUUCGAAUACAUUGUUGUUCUUACAAAUAUGGGUUAUCAUAUGACAGCCGCCAUCGACUUCCAUAAUCAACAUUUAGUCUUCGAUUGGCAUCAUGGACUACAAAUUCACUUUCAAUGAUUAAAAAAGCCGUUAUAUGAGCUAUUUAGAUCAAUUGUUUCAUGUUUUGAUUGUGAAAGUGUAAGAAACAAGAAAAAAAAAUCUUCAAAUAUUUAAUGAACUCAAAGAUGUGUGCUACAUGACGUUAAAACGCGCUACAAUUUUGCUGCUGCAGCAGUUUAAAGUAAAACAUAAAAAGAAUUUCGUUACUUUUAAAAACCUCAAUAACAUAAGAAUAUAUUAUAAAAAAAACUUUUUAACAUUUGUGAUGUUAUGUUUGAUUAUUAAAUGAAAACAACAAUGCAUGGAAGAAAGCUUUGAAUGAAAAUUUCAUUUAGCUUGGUGUUUCCUUCCAAUGGAUUUCCGAUUAUACGGCACUGAAUCCAUUGCUUAUAGUUACAUAAGUUAUGUCAACAAUAACAAUAAAAUUAACGAAAAAAUUUGCAAUUUUAAUUAAAAAAUGAACAAAAUACUUUUUAAUUUCUCUUAAUGAAUCGAAAUGAACUUUCAACUUUAUCGGAAAUCAUUUUGGCAAUGGCAAGACUUGAGGUGGCACCAGGUGAUGGUGCAUUGCAGCAAUGAAGAAUUCGAUUACCAAUCGAACCUUCCCCAUAUUCAAAUAUAAAGUCAUCAACUAAAGAUCCGUCAGAUUUUAAAGCUUGUGCUCGAACACCUGCUGGUCCACGUGAUACAUCAGCUGUUGUAAUUUCGGGGACAUAUUUUUGAAGUUCUUUGACUUGAAGUGCGGGAAAAAGUGACUGCGAAAUUUCCUUAAUUCCAGCUCCAAUAUAACGAGAAGAAAAGAAUUUACCUGGAUACUUCAACGCAUCGAAAAGCUCAAAAAGAUUGAUGUCGAACCAAGUAUAUCCUUCUCGUUUGAAUGCAAGCACUGCAUUUGGUCCAAGCCAAACUUCUCCAUUCAUGCGUGGUGUAAAAUGUACUCCAAGAAAGGGAAAACGUGGAUCCGGUACUGGAUAUAUAUUUCCUUUGAUCAAAUGAGCUUUUUUCGGAUUGAGUAAAAGAUAUUCUCCACGAAAUGGAACAAUCUUAGGAGGAUUCUUAUUUCCAGUUAAUCCAGCAAUUUUAUCAGCUUGCAAUCCAGCACAUGUCAAAAUAUAUUUUGCAGAAAUCUUUUGAUUUUUCCCAUCAACAAUCAUUACCGGAAAGUCAGGAUCAUCACAUGGUUUAAAAUUUUUCACUUCAAAGUUCGUGAAGAUUUGUCCACCGGCAUUUUCAAAAUCUUUCGCAUAAUAUUCUGUUACUAACUCCCAAUCAACGAUUCCAGUAUGUGGAGAAUGUAUCGCUUGCAUACCACGACAAUGUGGCUCAAUAUGUUUGAUUUCAUCUUCAUCAAUAAGUCGAAGAUCUGGAACUUUGUUCUUCAAUCCUCUCUCGUACAAAUCC